CGCAGGCUCCACGUUCCGCGCUCGAUCCUUCUAUAUAAAAUCAUGGAGGUAAACACAAGUCGGUUUCCGAACUGGAGAUAGAGUUGGCCGCCUUUGGGACAAAACUUGGUCUGCAACUUGACUUCUAUUUCUAACCGGGGGCCUAGGGGUUUUCGCUGCUCAAAAGUUGCAUCGAUACGAUUACAAGCCAGGAAAUCAUUUCGACCAUCAUCCCUCCUUCAAAGUGGAAUAGACUGGAGCGAUGGCUUCAACGAUCGGUCUUUUAGAAAAGGGCUCUUUUUCAGGCAAGACCGCCAUCGUCACGGGAGGUGCCGGGUCUUUUGGGAAGCUUCUGUGCUACGAGUUUGCCAGGGCCGGUGCCAACGUCGUCGUCAACGACCUCGGAGGCAGCGUCUCGGGCCUGGGCGCUUCGGCCGGCCCGGCGGAAGAGAUCGCAGAGGCCAUCCGAAAGGAGGGCUAUUCGGCGGUCGCCGACACCCACAGCGUCAUGGACGCGGAAAAGAUCAUCGACACCGCGCUGAAGGCGUUUGGACGGGUCGACAUCCUGAUCAACAACGCGGGAAUCGCGACGUUCGGCGCCUAUGAGACCCAAGACCCCGAGGCCCUCAGGAGGGUCCUGGAGGUCAACGCGGUCGGGCCGUUGCUCCUGUGCCGCUUUGCCCUGCCCCUCUUCAAGGCCCAGAACUACGGGAGGAUCGUGAACAUCUCGUCCGCCUCGAUGCUGGGCAUGGCCGGUCUGGGUGCCUAUCCGGCCUCGAAGGCCGCCCUGGUCGGCCUCACCCGGUCUCUCGCGCUGGAGGUCCAAGACCAGAACAUCCGGGUCAACGCGGUGGGCCCGGUCGCCGUCUCGAGGAUGGCGCAGGACUACCAGGCCGACCCUGACCGCGACGAGAGACUCGAGGCACAGGCACAGUGGCCGCCCGAGAGCAACCUUGCCCCCAUCCUCGCCCUGGCCUCGGAGCCGCACGACUUCAACGGGCAGUUCUUCAACACGGCCAACUACCAGACCUGCAGGGUCGUCGUCGGCGCGAAGCCGGCCAUGCGGAUAGACUCGGUCAAGGGGUUCUUGGACGCGAAGGAACAACUGAUGGGUCAGACCGUGCCGACCAAGGACUUUGAUUCUGGCGGGGCCCUGUUGGCGUGGUCACGACCUCAGUAGGUGGGUACCUUGGUGUAGUACAGAACUAGUCUUGCCAUGCCAUAUGGCAUACCGUGUACAAGCGGGGAAGUAAGGAAGGAAAAGAGGCAUUCAUAAAAAACACAACCGCGCGAGUUAACAUCCUUUGGGGUCAUUGAUCAUGGAGAACUCAUCUAUCUGGUCAGGUAUCAAAAGGGGAAGAGGAAAAGAUUGAAGGCGAGGGACACCACGAAUAAAUUGUGCAAUUUGUGCACCGCUGAGAUGGUUCAUAGUAAAAAAAAAGCCCCCUCUUGUACUGUAACACGGCGCCGAG